AUGUCCCAGGAUUGCGAGAGACGAGUUCGAGUCUCGGAUUUGGCGGUGAAGACUUCACAUGUGCGUCUGGGAGACCUGCUUGGGAAUCGGUUCAAUGUUGUGCUCCGCAUGGUCCCGGAGCAGGCCUCCUGGCUUGCACAGGUCGAAGCUCUCAUGUGUUUGACAUUGAGUUUGUGUGCAUCGCUCCGAAGAUUGAUACUGGGCGACAUCGAGCUCUUGGGCGCAGACGCCGCAGAUGCUAUGACGUGGGAUGAGGAGAUGCAGGCAGCACAGCAAAGUUUUCUGACGGCAAUCAGAGCUGGUGGCGACGUGGUCCUGGCAGCCGAGGCCGCGUUGCAGCGAGUUCCCCAACUUCCGGGCUACCAUGUCGAGCGAGGCUUGCUGCGCUGCCUGGCUCGUGGGCUCAAUGCCGAGGAAGCUCUUUUGCGGCUUCCACGGCAAGUGCUGAUGCUCUUCGUAAAGUCUGCCCAGAGCCUCAUCUUCAACAAGGUCUUGUCUCACCGGGCUGCCCUGGGACCUAUCCCCGCAGAGGGCGACCUCGUCGUGCAAGGAGGGCCCGACGGAGAAGAGCCGGUACCCGUCGAGCUGACGAACCUUGCUUCCGUCGAGCCGGGGAGUGUCGUCCUUCCACUGCCUGGCAGCUCCGUUCGCUAUCCGAGACCUUUGCAAAAGGUUUACGAGGAAGCUGCCGAGCAACUCCUUCAAGUUUCGCUUGAUGCUUUCUCAAGCAGGCUUCCCCUGCGGUUGAAGCUUCGCGGCGUCUACAGACCUGCCAUUGCCUGGGCCUUUCACUGUAAGAGGAGAUGGUAG